AUGAGACCUGGGAAGCAGAGUGAUGAUGAUGAUGAUGAUCCAGGUGUGAAUGUUCUGCUGUUGCAGACAGGUGAUGUGGUGAACAGUGACCCACAGGCCAGCCCCGGGGUGCUGGAGGAGAGAGAAAAUCAGGAAAGACUGAAGGAGCGAUUCAGGAUGGGCAGCAGCCGGGCAGCACCACCGUGUCCUGCAAGCACCAGGAAUUCACUGCACAAACCAUCUUGUCUUUCAGUUGUGCUGAUCGGAGACUCUGGAGUCGGGAAGAGUAACCUCCUGUCACGUUUCACACGCAAUGAGUUCAACCUGGAGAGUAAGAGCACCAUCGGGGUGGAGUUUGCCACCAGGAGCAUCCAGGUGGACGGGAAGACGAUCAAGGCGCAGAUCUGGGACACGGCGGGGCAGGAGCGGUACCGGGCCAUCACCUCGGCGUACUACCGCGGCGCCGUCGGGGCUCUGCUCGUCUACGACAUUGCCAAGCACCUCACCUAUGAGAACGUGGAGCGCUGGCUGAAGGAGCUGAGGGACCACGCAGACAACAACAUCGUCAUCAUGCUGGUGGGCAACAAGAGCGACCUGCGCCACCUCAGAGCCGUGCCCACCGACGAGGCCCGGGCCUUCGCAGAAAAAAAUAACUUAUCUUUUAUUGAAACUUCUGCUCUGGAUUCAACAAAUGUAGAAGAAGCCUUCAAGAACAUCCUUACAGACCUGUUGGAAUGAGUCCAGAGGAGGCCAGAAAGGUGAUCCAGGAGCUGGAGCAUCUCU